AUGCGAUUCUUGAUUCUUCUCUCCUUUUUCGUCUUGUUCUCAUUCGAGGAGGUGCUUUGGGAUUGUCAUCGCGAUUUUCGAUGCGUCCUUGGCGGCUGGUGCGAGCAUAAAGACAGUAAAUGCGUGCAGCCCCCAGGCUUUCUGGAGCCCAGUUGUUGUUUAAAAACACCCAAGUGUCUGGCUGGAUGGGUUUCUAAAAUAGUAAUCGAUGACUGGGGAAACAUCACUUGCGAAUUGGCCAAUACUUCGCUUGAGGACUGUUGCUUUAUCGUCCAUCCGAAGUCGUUGCUUAAUCACACAUUAUUCGAUUAUACAAAAACGACAGAAGACCAACCACAAUGCGAAACGAACAUUGACUGCGGACCCAAUAUGUUCUGCGACAACCUGGUUAACAAAGAUAGGGAAAUUUCUAAUAGAACUGGAUGUUUCAACAUCUCGAAAAGAGCGGACACUGCGACGAAACUUCUGUUUGAGAUUGGAAUUCGGAUGUGCAAAUCGGACGCCGAGUGUGACGGAUUUAACUGUUUGGAUGCUACCAAUGAAACUUAUGGAUUCUGCGGAACUCGUGAAUUCUGUCAGAUCAAUGUUGAAGCCCCCGCCAAGAAGCCGCUGGUCCCGUGUUCCGAAGACAUGGAUUGUGUCCAUCUGAUGGAUGGAAUGGUCGGAUCCGCCGGACUGAUUCCCAAUGUGUAUUGCAACAAAACAGGAGAUUUCUGUUGUUCAGGAUUGCUGGACGUCUGCUUUGGCGGCAAUCUCGUCCGGCCAUUGCGCCCUUAUGAAGAGCCGGUGGUAUGCCCGGACGGCAUCCACCCGCUCUUCAUCGAGCCGGUGGGUGUGAUCCUUCACGCCCAAUCUGCUCGCGAGCGAUACUUCCCGGGAUUCUUCGGGUUUUCCGAAAUUCGGACAUGUCGGAUCAAUAGCGAAUGCGAGCCAGACGAAGUUUGCAUAUAUUAUCUAGGAGAAGGUCAAUGCGCAGCGUUCCCGAACCCGAAUUUCCUGGAAGAUGAGAAUGACGAAGAAGAAGAAGAAGAAGAAGGUUGGGCCGAAAGAGCAGUGGAUUUGUACCGACAAACGGCGUACGGGAUAGCCAUUGUCUGGGAUGCGUAUGAAGAGAUGAUGAUGAGACGAAUGGAGGAGCGACACGAAGAGAUCCUGGAGAAUUGGCGUCGGGAGAAGUACGGCACGCGGCACACGAAGCAAACCUGCGAAUGCGUUACAUCGACCGAAACGCCGUCCUCCCUUUAUUCGUCGGAACUGAGCGAGGCUGAAAAGAGAAAGAAGUGGACGAAGACUUUCCGAAGAGGAAGAGGAAGACGGGUGAUGAAGCAAAAGAAAAGAAUGCACCAAAGGAGAAGAAACAAGAAGCGUGCAAGAAUGGAAAAAUCAAAUGAAGAGCAUAUGAGGCGAAGCACACGAGUCUUCUUGAAGGCUUUUGUAUACGGCGCCCCGUUAUUCCUCAUUAUGGUUAUUGGAUUUUUCUUCGUUCCCAACGUUGUUUCCAAUGCAAUCACUGCCGAAAUAUAUGAAUUGAUGAAGGAAGUCAAAGAAAUUGGUCAAGAUGCAAUUUCAGGCGUUUCAAACGAUAAAAACGAGCUCCUCAAAUUGCUGGUCAAUGGGAAAGUGACCAUCGCGGAUUACGUCUCACACGAAGAAGCCAUGGUCAUCAUUCCAACACUUGUGAUGACAGCCCUGUUUUUGCUCGGUAUUGUUUAUUAUUUGACCCGUCCUUUCACCUAA